AUGCGUCGAUAUGAUUAUGAGCUUACGACAGCAGCAAGGGACAGUACCUCAAAAACAGAGUCAAUUAUCAAGCUCAAAUCCUCGCUCGAAUCAAUCAUUCACACAGGACAGCAAAUUGAUAUUCAUUCCCUUAAAAAGCUCUGCUACUUGGCAGUUAUUGACAAGUGCUACUUGUCGUUCUGUGCUGAAACUUCCAUUAAGGAGAGUAGAAUUGCCAUGUCUGAAGAGGAGUUGAUCAGUAGAAAUACUAUUGACAUUACCAAACUUAAAAUUAUCUACUCAGACAUGUCUUAA